GUCGACGGACGCUGCAGCGCGGGGAAUUUCGAGCCGUGGAGCCGCGCAGCAGGCCGGUAGCUGGCGGUCCUGUCAACUGCGACCAUGGAGGCCCUGCCCGAGCCGCGAUGGCCUCCGGCGUUGGCAGUGAUGAAGACAAUAGAUGACUUGCUGCGCUGUGGGAUUUGCUUCGAGUAUUUCAACAUUGCAGUGAUAAUCCCCCAGUGCUCUCACAACUAUUGUUCUCUCUGUAUAAGAAAAUUUUUGUCCUAUAAAACUCAGUGUCCAACUUGUUGUGUGGCAGUAACAGAGCCAGACCUGAGAAAUAAUCGCCUUUUAGAUGAACUGGUAAAAAGCAUGAAUUUUGCACGGACUCGCCUGUUACAGUUUGCUUUAGAGUCACCACCCAUAUCUCCUGUGUCUUCUACCUCAAAGAAAGUUGUUGUUAAAGUACAUAAUGCUGAAGCUACCAAACAUCCUGUCAAACAGGGGAACAGGUUAAUGGAUAAGUUCCUGGUUAGAGAAACUGGUGAUUGUGUAUCUGAAUUGGGAAAAGAAAAUGACAGGAAAUUCAGCCCUCAAAAAGAGAUAAACACCUCUGCUGAGAUUAAAGAGACAAGUCUCAUAGCAAAGACGGUACUUGGUCCUUCGGAUGCUAAUGGUCCUGUGACACCCUCUACAUCCACCAUGAAACUGGACACUAAAGUGUCUUGUCCUGUUUGUGGGGUCAGUAUUCCAGAAAAUCAUAUCAAUAAGCAUUUAGACUGUUGCUUAUCACGUGAAGAGAAGAUGGAGAGUCUUCGAAGUUCUGCUCACAAAAGGAAGCCACUGCCCAAAACUGUGUAUCACUUGCUCUCUGACCGUGAGUUAAAGAAAAAGAUGAAGCAGCAUGGCUUAUCUAUUCAAGGAAACAAACAGCAGCUUAUUAAAAGGCACCAAGAAUUUGUGCACAUGUAUAAUGCUCAGUGCGAUGCUUUGCAUCCUAAAUCAGCUGCUGAAAUAGUCCAAGAAAUUGAAAACAUGGAGAAGACCAGGAUGCGUCUUGAAGCAAGUAAACUCAGUGAAAAUGUCAUGGUUUUUACAAAGGACCAAACAGAAAAGGAAAUAGAGGAAAUUCGCCGUAAAUAUUGUAAAAAGCAUCAGAAUGAAUUCCAGCUUCUGGUGGAUCAGGCCAAAAAAGGAUACAAGAAAACUGGCAGAAUGUCAAAAGCUCCAAUAGUGAGAAAAAAUGGACCUGCAGAGAAGCUGCCAUCUAAAUACCCUGCACAAGAAGAUAAUGUGAGCCUCUCAGAUACUGUUUCAGUAACAAACCACUUUCCUCAGUCAAAGCUGGACUCCCCAGGGCAGUCGGAACCCGAGAGACCAGAUGAUUCUUCCAGUUGUACUGAUAUUCUUCUCUCUUCAGAGUCAGAUUCAUGCAAUAGUUCCAGUUCGGACAUCAUAAGAGAUCUUCUGGAGGAAGAGGAAGCCUGGGAAGCAUCUCACACAAAUGAUGAAAACAGAGAAAUAAGCCCACCACAGAAUCGCCGCUCUAGAGCCACUGAACAUGCCGAAAUUGAACCAAGAAACAAGCGCAAUAGGAAUUAGUAUGGCCUUUUGCACCUUUUCUGUACAGUGACCUGAUUGUGGUAGUUUUACUGCCAUAUGUAGGCUCAUAUUUAGCAAUAUCCAAGGAAGAAUUUUAAUUCUAAAUCUAAUAGUUAAUUUAUUUUCAUUCUUCUUUGCCUUUUUGGAAAAAAAGAAAAGUUCUGAAAUUGCCCUUCUUGGUCAGUUGUUUGUUUCCUCUAAGACAUUUCUCCCCUAAAAACACGUUCACCAGCUUUGCACAGAGCAUAUAUUCUUUAGCAGGAGUGUUUGCCUUGUUUGACUAAUCUAUUUCAGGAUGUUUUUAGGUUAUUUUUUAACUUUUUUCCAUUGGGGAACCAGCCUCAGCAACACCUUCUUUUCAUUCUCUUGACAGUGGCAAACCGGUAAGAGUAUGCAUGCUUUAUCAUAAUCCACACACCCUAAUGCUUGAGGCCAGGCUACCAGCAGUUACUGGUUGGUACCCAAGUU